AUCGAUGAAAAACCAAAGUAGGGUUUCUGAAAAACCGCUUUCGUGUCUGCCUCUCUCUGUCUCUCUCUUUUCCGUGUCGUGUGUACUUCUGCAACCCUUGUACUGUGAAGCCUCAGCCGUUUUUCGAUAUUCAUCUCGGAUUCGACAAUCUCAGGUAGACGAGAACCAACGGAGACAUGAAGUCUACCAUUCGUAAGGCAACGCGAGAACAAGAGGCCCAAACACGCAACCAACGGAGACAGGAAAUCAAUCAUCUUAAGAACAAGAUUCGAAAAGGAUAAGGUUUUGUGGGGGUUUCUGAUUCUGUCUCUUUGAAUGGAAGCUAAUGUGAUGCCGAUGGUCCAGAGAAUGGCUGCUUUUGCAUUUGCUUCUGCCUCAGGUCUGCUUCAGACUCAUCCCCUAAGAAGAGGUACUCUGAACAACUUCUUGCAUUGUUCCUCUGUCUUAAGCUGUCGGAGAUCGGCUUUUUCCGAUGUUAGAGACCGCAAUAUGUCAUACAGAGAUAUAUUGAGAUGUGGGGUUCAUGAUUGUCAUGCCGAGUAUGUUGUUGAUUUGUUCGAUCAGAUGGUUCAGUCUCGUCCCAUACCUUCCAUCACCGAUUUUACUAAACUAUUGAGUGCAAUCAUGAAGAUGAAACGGUAUGAUGUUGUCAUUUUCCUCUACAAGAAAAUGGAAUUGCUUGGGGUUUCACAUGAUAUCUACUCUUUGAAUGUUCUCAUCAACUGUUUCUCCCACUCUCCUCAAGUGUUUUUGGGUUUAUCUGUCGUGGGCAAAAUCUUGAAACUCGGUUAUAAGCCGAAUGUAGUCACCUACACUACCCUAGCUCAUGGUUUCUGUAUCCACGGAAAGAUUUCAGCGGCUUUAAGCUUGGUUGACCAAAUGGUGGAAGAGGGAUACAAACCUAAUGUUGUAACAUUUAGUACUUUGAUCAACGGGCUUUGCCUUGAGGGUAGAGUUUCUGAAGCAUUGAGUUUAUUUGAUCAAAUGCUAAAGAUGGAUUGUCAGCCCAAUGUAGUUACAUUUGGCAUUCUUAUAAACGGGAUCUGUAAGGCAAGAGAUUAUGCAUUGGCCAUGAAUCUACUCGAGAAGAUGGAGGAAAUGUAUAUUGAGAUCAAUAUCGUAAUUUAUAAUACGAUCAUCGAUUAUCUAUGCAAAGUCGGACACGUGGAUGGUGCAUUGAACCUUUUCGGAAAGAUGGGUAGUUGUGGGAUUGUACCAGAUGUAGUAACUUUUAAUUCUAUAAUAAAUGGUUACUGCAAGGCUAAUAGGGUCGAUGAGGGUAUUAAUCUCUUUUAUGAGAUGUCUCGAAGAGGAUUGGUUGCUGAUGUAGUUACUUACAACAUCCUCAUCCAAGGGUUUUACCGAGUAGGCAAUCUUGGUGCUGCCCAAAAGGUUUUCAUGGAGAUGCAGUAUAAGGGUCAUAGUCCUGAUCUUGUGACUUACAUCAUUUUGCUUGAUGGACUUUGUAAGAAUGGAAAAACAGACAAGGCACUUUGCUUAUAUAAUAAGUUGGAUAAGAGUGGGAUUGAUCUCCAUAUACCUCUCCAUAGUUGCAUGAUGCAUGGUUUGUGCAAGGUUGGGAGGGUUGACGAAGCGUUGAUAUUAUUUAAUAAGCUUCUUGACAGAGGGGUGAAGCCGAAUGUUAUCAUGUAUAACAUAAUGAUAUCCGGACUUUGUGGGAAAGAUUCACUCUAUGAAGCCGAGAAGGUAAUUGGGAAGAUGAAAGAGGAUGGUUGUUUUCCCGACGCUGGUAUGUACAACGCAUUGAUCAGGGGUCGUCUUAGAAGUCGCUUUCCAUUGAUGGUUAUCGAGCUGAUACGAGAAAUGCGGAGCAAUGGCUUUUCUAUGCAUGCAUCAACCUCAAAUAUGAUAAGGGAUAUGGUAUAUGGAGGUAUAUUGGAUAAGGGGGUUUUGGAUCUCCUCUCUUAGUAGAUGUAAGUACUAAACGGUUGAUGAGAAGAGCCAACAUCGCAUGGUUGUAUGUUUGAUGAGAAGAGCCAGAAACUUCAAGCUAUCCAGACAUCUUUGGAUAUUCUGAGUGUUUUGAGGUAAGAACACUAUUGCCACUGGAGCUUCAAUCCACUCUGAAGCAUGAUUUCAGAUGCCUUUUCAUGACAAAUCAUUCCCCUCUUGUUGGGAAGUUGCAUAAGAUUCUGAUGAAAAUGUUUGUCAAGGCAUGGUAAAAUCAAAGACUCAAUCAAAUCGAGCCUCGUCUCAGAAAGUUUCAGAAACUCAUGGCUCUUCUGUCGGAACUCGGACAUCACGACCAACUUCAAAAAACGAAACAGCAGCUCGAGGGCAUGGAGCAGAGGCAGUAGCAAAUGAUGUAUUGAGGCUACCUGAAAUAUAGUAGACGUACCUACAGAUAGUUUCAUGGAUCCGGACACAGAUUCUGGCGUUUUUGUGGACCCUGAUUUGUUGGUGAAUGGUUCUGUACCCUUUGACAUUGAUGACCUUCCUCUCGAUCCAGACAUUGACCCCUUGAUAUAAUACUCUACCCUAUUACUGGAGGACUUUCUCGCGUCAAGCCCCGUGUCUGAUGAUAUGGAUUCAUCAGCAACAGCAGAUGUUAGAAUUGAGAACAAGGAGACCGAGAAGAAGCAAAAUGGGUGGGACAGAGCCAAACAUAUGGACAAGCUGACCGAACAGAUGGGUCUUCUCUCGCCUGAGAUCAAAGACCUACCCAGGCAAGAGCCAUGAUCCUUGGGUGUUCCGAGUGUUUUGAGGUAAGAACACUGCUGCCCCUGGAGCUUCGAUCCACGCCGAAUCAUGAUUUCAGAUGCCUCUUCAUGACAAACCAUUCCCCCCUUGUUGGUAGAAAAUCAAAGGUGAGAGAGUCUGUGUUUGUGUCUCAUUUGUUACAAGAAGAAGCAAUGCAAUCCGUGCGUCGAAAGAGGUCAGAAUCUCUGAUCCCGCUUCCUCGACAUCUGAAAGAAACCAAUCUCUGAUCCAUCAUUAGCUGUCUCGGUUUCCCUUACAAGCUCUGUAAUGUUUUUUGUAGCUUUCGGAGAAGGGAAAAUGAAAAAAAAAAAAAAGGGCUAAACUUUCUCGAGCGAGGACUAUGAGCUGAAGCCGAGGAGGAGCUGCUCAAAGACUGGAGUUGAAGAUGGCAAAGGCUUUUGUUUAAUAUCAAUCUGAUUAGGGUUUUGCUGAGGAUCUUUUAUUUUACAAAAAUAAUUACGUAAAUUUUUUCUACUGUUUUUUAUAUUUCAUUCUUUAGUUAAAAAUUAUACCAUUCGAUUUGAUUA